AUGUUUAACUCAGCACCUGUCUUUGGAUUACUAUUCUUAGCAUUUUGUAGCCUCGUCCAGAGCCAUCUCAAUGUUUAUCUUAAUCUGCACGAGGUUAUGCGUCUAAUCGGUGUUUCUGCUGAAUUGUACUAUGUACGCGAAGGCCAAGUCAAUGAUUAUGCUUUAAAUUUUGCCGUACCGGUGCCGGCCAACAUUAAUGAAAUAUCAUUUACAUGGCAGAGCCUGGCACAUAAUCCGCUGGCCUACAGCCUCAACAUAAUCACUUCGGAUCCGUCAGUGCUGCCGCGACCAACGGUGAAUAUUUCACGUAUUGGCGAAAUACCCCUGGAACCGCAGACAUUCGCCAUUGGCAUGAAGUGCUCCGGCCUGCGAGAUGCCGAAGUGGAAGUGACCAUUUCCGUUGAAAUAAUAUUGGAUCAUCAGACGAACAACAUAACUGAUUUAGUAUUUAGACGUAAGAAAAUUUGUCUAGCCGGUCUGCAGGAGGACGGCAGCCACAACGAAGCCCAUCAAAGUGUCGAACAUAAUGGUGGCGGCGGUGGUGGUGGUGUGUCAGGUUCUGGCUUAUCGGGCAUGGGCAUGGGUGAUGGCUUUUUGCAUGACACAUCGUCUGUGGUUGACAACUCACGCCUCGAGGAACACUCAUCGGAGGAUGGCAUCAACAAUCACCAUUUGAGUGACAACAGUGUGAAUGGCGGUGGAAUGUCAAUGGGCGGAGGUGGCAUACUGCAUGAAUUUGAUCCCAUGCUGAAGGAGACAAUAGCACCACCGACUGGCGGUCUAAUAACUUUAAUAAUUGGUGUUGUGUUGGCGCUAAUCCUUGUGACAACCUUAAUCUUAAUUGCUUAUUGUGCCAAGGGGCCGACGAAGCGACCCAACCAUCAUGGUGUACAUCUAAUAAAAACAGCCAGCUUUCAGCGUUUGCCCACCAUAUCGUCGACGGCACACAACUCCAUAUAUGCCUGCCCAUCCACCAUUACACCUACCUAUGCCACACUGACCCGGCCCUUCCGUGAAUAUGAACAUGAACCGGAGGAAUUCAGUCGACGUCUCAACGAGCUGAACGUUCAGAAAUGCCGCGUUCGCCUCUCCUGUUUGCUACAGGAAGGUACCUACGGUCGCAUAUAUCGCGGUACCUAUAACGACUGCCAGGAAGUUUUGGUGAAGACAGUUGCCCAGCAUGCUAAUCAGAUGCAAGUGACAUUGUUGCUGCAAGAGGGUAUGAUGUUGUACGAGGCCUCUCAUCCCAACGUCCUCUCCAUACUGGGUGUAUCGAUAGAGGAUUAUACCACACCCUUUGUGCUGUACGCCGCUGCAAGUAAUUCCCGCAACUUGAAAUUGUUUUUGCAAGAGCCUGCCUACGCUCGCAGUGUUACAACUAUCCAGACAGUGCUUAUGUCAUCGCAGCUAGCCAUGGCCAUGGAACAUCUGCAUAAUCACGGUGUAAUACACAAAGAUAUUGCAGCUAGAAAUUGUGUUAUUGAUGAUCAGUUGCGUGUAAAACUUUGUGAUAGCUCUUUAAGCCGUGACUUGUUCCCAGGGGAUUAUCAUUGCCUUGGCGAUGGUGAAAACCGACCCAUCAAAUGGAUGUCUCUGGAGGCAAUACAAAAGAAACACUUCAACGAGGGCAGUGAUGUCUGGUCUUUCGGUGUUUUGAUGUGGGAGAUGUGCACGUUAGCAAAAAUGCCUUAUGCUGAAAUCGAUCCCUAUGAAAUGGAGCAUUAUCUCAAGGAUGGUUACAGACUUGCGCAGCCCUUUAAUUGUCCCGACGAAUUAUUCACAAUUAUGGCCUACUGUUGGGCUUCUUUACCCACGGAAAGACCCUCAUUUAGUCAACUACAAGUCUGUUUAUCGGAAUUCCACACACAAAUUACACGUUAUGUGUAAACCGU